CUCUUCUGCCCAGCUCUCUUGUUCCCCCACUCAACUUUCUGUCACUUGUUCUGCUCUGUCCUCCGUUUCCUCUCAUUCAACUUGAAACAAUCGCUGCAUUUCUCUCCCGCUCUCUUUCUCUCCCUGCUCCGCUGUCUCUGUCUCCUUUUGUUUUUCUGGUUCCCUCUUUUCUCUCACUUUCUGUCUCUGAGAGAAGACGACAGCUUUCAGUUUUGUUUCUCACCGAGCACAGUAAUUGCUCCUCUUCCUCUGUGACCGCUGACUGAGUGACAAUCCAUUUGGAAGAAACUCUGGAAGAAAGUUGGAUUUGAACUUUUGCCGGAGAAUCCGUCUUCUUACAAAUCACAGGAUCCCGAACCCCUUCCUAAGCAGAGUCGCUUCACGCUCCCAGGGCAACUGUGUAACUACGGAGCACAGGCAUGGGGGCAGAAAUCGGGCAAAAAACAAACAGAGUGUUGUCAUCAGAGAGGGGCCACUGAGGAGACGUUCAGAAGUGGACAGAAUCAGAGGAGCGGAGACGUUUUUGCAUGAGAAACUUUACGUCUCUGGGUGGAUUUUCUCAUAUUGUGCCACCGUGGAUAACGAGAGAAGAUUAAGGAGACACAACUUAAGGAGAAGAAACUCUUUGAAGGAUGGGAGUCUCUUACUUUAUCCCUCAUUUGUUUUCGGUUGCAUCUUCACACUCUUUACAAAGUGACAGCAGAGCAGAACAUUGCCCUUUUUGAUCUCUGCCCCUGGAGGAAACUGUCGGCUGGUGAAGCUGUUGACAAAAGUUGGAGACAAAGAUUUCUGCCUUGGAGACGGAGUGUGUGUGUGUGUGUGUAGCGUGUGUGUUAGUGUUUGGGUUAUGUGAAAGCAUUCUCACAGUUGUGUCAGCAGCUCAGUGUGUUUAUUUAUGUAACUUCUGCACAAGAGAAGUUCGUCUUUUUCUGUGUGUGUGUGUGAUGCGAGGUUGCGAAGCCGCGAGUUGUCUAUCUGUCCUCAGCACAGACAGACACAGGGAGAGACAGACAUGUGUUUCCAUGGUGACCAGUGGCUGUAGCCCCUUCCCCAUGUGUUGGGAAAGAGAAUAUGACAGACACCUAGCAUCUGCUGUGUCGGCGAGGAAAACCAUGGCGACGGCCUACCUGGACCCCAACCUGAACCACGCCCUCCUCGGAGGCGCCAAGUCGCGGCUGAGCGCGGGGGUGUCAGACCGAACCAUUGCCGGCUCCGUGGACAGGGUUCUCAAAGUCUUCCACCACUUUGAGACCAACACUGAGAACAGCUGCUGGUCGUCCAAUAUCAGAUAUGGAGACGCGACUGAUGUCAGGGGAAUCAUCCAGAAAAUUCUGGACAUCCACAAAGUGCGCUGGACGUCUUGUUUCGGUCUGCACCUCAGCAACAGCCAAUCCAGAGACCAGGUGCACUGGCUCCACCCCGAUAUGGGCGUUUCCCAAGUUAGAGAGAAAUACGAACAGGCACGACCAAACGAGGAGUGGAGGUAUGAAUUAAGGAUCCGGUAUCUUCCGAAGGGCUUCGUGCAGCAGUUUACAGAAGACAAACCUACACUCAGCUACUUCUACCACCAGGUGAAGAAUGACUACAUGACAGAGAUCGGGGAUCAGGUAGAACAAGAUGUGGCUCUCAAACUGGGCUGUCUAGAAAUCAGGAGGUUCUUCAAAGAGAUGAGAGGAAACGCCCUGGAUAAGAAAUCCAACUAUGAACUACUGGAGAAAGAUGUUGGUUUGAGGCGUUUUUUCCCCAAAGACCUGUUGGAUUCAGUCAAGGCUAAAACUCUGCGUAAGUUGAUCCAGCAGACCUUCAAGCAGGUGGCCAAUCUCAACGAUGAACAGUGCAUCCUCAAGUUCUUGGAGAUUCUUGCGCCGGUCUACCGCUACGACAAAGAGUGCUUCAAAUGUGCCCUGGGUUCGAGCUGGGUGAUUCAGGUGGAGUUAGCCAUCGGGCCAGAGGAAGGGAUCAGCUACCUCACAGACAAGGGAUCCACGCCCACCCACCUAGCAAACUUUAACCAGGUCCAGUCCAUCCAGUACUCGUCUAUGGAGGAGAAGGACAGGAAAGGGAUGUUACAGCUGAAUGUAGCGGGAGCGGCUGAGCCUCUCACAGUUACAACAGCAUCACUUACCAUGGCAGAGAACUUGGCUGACUUGAUUGAUGGCUACUGUCGACUCGUCUCCAUGGACACUCAUUCCUUCAUCGUCCGUUAUCAGAAAGAGGGAGAGAGAGCGCUUCCUUCCAUCCCAAAAGUGUCAAACAAUGAGAAGAAGUCGGAAGCGGUGAGGAGCGGAGUCAGAGCGAUCUCCGUCUCAGAGACUGAUGACUAUGCGGAGAUAGUGGAUGAAGAGGACACGUACACCAUGCCCUCCACGCGGGACUAUGAGAUCCAAAGGGACAGGAUCGAGUUGGGUCGCUGUAUCGGAGAGGGUCAGUUUGGAGACGUGCACCAGGGAGUCUAUAACAGCUCGGACAACCCGGCUCUACCUGUGGCCAUUAAGACCUGUAAGAACUGUACCUCAGACAGCGUCAGAGAAAAGUUCCUACAAGAAGCAUUGACGAUGCGUCAGUUCGACCACCCUCACAUCGUCAAGCUAAUCGGAGUGAUCACAGAGAACCCGGUGUGGAUCAUCAUGGAGCUCUGUACGCUCGGAGAGUUGCGUUCGUUCCUUCAGGUGAGGAAGUACAGUCUGGACCUGGCCUCUCUCAUUCUGUUUGCCCACCAGCUCAGUACGGCUCUGGCCUAUCUGGAGAGCAAACGCUUCGUCCACAGGGACAUUGCAGCUCGUAAUGUUUUGGUCUCCUCAGUCGACUGUGUGAUGCUCGGGGACUUUGGUUUGUCCCGGUACAUGGAGGACAGCUCUUACUACAAAGCUUCUAAAGGUAAACUUCCCAUCAAGUGGAUGGCACCUGAAUCCAUCAACUUCAGAAGAUUCACGUCUGCCAGUGAUGUCUGGAUGUUUGGCGUGUGCAUGUGGGAGAUCCUGAUGUACGGCAUCAAGCCCUUCCAGGGGGUGAAGAACAACGACGUGAUCGGCAGGAUAGAGAACGGGGAGCGGCUGGCCAUGCCUCCGCAGUGCCCCCCCACCCUCUACAGUUUGAUGACCAAGUGUUGGUCGUACGACCCGAGCAAGAGGCCGCGGUUCACAGAACUCAAAACACAGCUCAACACCAUACUGGAGGAAGAGAAGCUUCAACAAGAGGAGAGACUUCGAAUGGAGAUGAGGAGACAAGUCACCGUGUCCUGGGACUCGGGGGGGCCUGAUGAAGCUCCACCUAAACCCAGUCGACCAGGUUACCCCAGUCCUCGCUCCAGUGAAGGGUUUUUCACCAGCCCUCAACACAACCACUUUCCACCGUCAGCUCAUGGUGGUGUAGGGGGAGUAGGAGGCAGCUUCCCUCCGGCUGAUACCUGGAAUGUACACAGACCUGAACACACUGCACUGUGGAACCCCGGGAUGGAGGAGGGUGGAUGUGUCGGCCACGUUCUGAUGGAGGAGAGGCUGAUGAUGCAGCAACAACAGAUGGAGGAUGACCAGCGGUGGCUGGAGCAGGAGGAGAGCUUCAUGAAGACAGAGUCCAGAAACAGCAGAGGAAGCAUCGACAGAGAGGACGGCACUCUACAAGCACCGAGUGGAAGCCAACACAUCUACCAGCCUGUUGGGAAACCAGAACACGUAGCUCCUCCUAAGAAGCCGCCCCGCCCUGGAGCUCCUGGUCAUCUUGGCAACCCGGCCAGUCUCUGCCCUGUGGACAGCUACAACGAGGGCGUCAAGUUGCAGCCGCAGGAGAUCAGUCCGCCUCCCACCGCCAACUUGGAUCGUUCCAACGACAAAGUGUAUGAGAAUGUGACGGGAUUGGUCAAAGCUGUGAUUGAGAUGUCCAACAGGAUUCAGCCUGCAGCCCCAGAGGAGUACGUGCCCAUGGUCAAGGAGGUGGGUCUGGCUCUGAGGACUCUGCUAGCGACAGUAGAUGAGACGAUCCCUGUGCUGCCACCCAGCACACACAGAGAGAUCGAAAUGGCUCAGAAGUUGUUGAAUUCCGAUCUGGCCGAGUUGAUAGCGAAGAUGAAGCUGGCUCAACAGUAUGUGAUGACGAGUUUGCAAAAGGACUACAAGAAACAGAUGCUAAUGGCGGCUCACGCCCUCGCAGUGGACGCCAAGAACCUCCUGGACGUCAUCGACCAAUCACGACUCAAGAUGAUCACCCAGACACGCCCACAUUAGCCCCCUGGGGAUCCAAUCAAGCCUGGUUGCUGAUGAUGAUGUUGCAGUGGCGACGGAAGAGAACUUUUAGAUGGAUAUCAGUGACGGACGGAUGAAAAAUAUCGACUGACUGAAACAAUCAUCUCCCUCUUACCUUCAUCACGUCGUUUCCCCCCCGGCAACACUCUAUUGGUCGAUAUUGUGUUGUUUUAUACUUUUUGUCGUAUUAUUUUUUUUGCUUUUGUAUCCAGAUAAACGCUCGUCUCUCUCGUCACGUAUCCUGAAAACACCAGUAAAACUUUUUUAAACCUUUGAGUCAAGCAGAGGCUCCUUCUGCAGGACCGUACGGAUGUUUGGGGGAAUUGGACGCACGCCGUAAACACAACACUAACACUCUCCGCACCGGCAGGACGUAAUAACUGGAACUGAAGAGCCAGAACGACGAGGAUAAUGAAGACGAUUUCAUAAUGUUGUUGUUUAAACAUUCUUUUUAUAUCACUAUUGAUUAUUACUUCUCUUCUCAGCCUGGACUCUCGCAGUAAGUCGACAGCUACUUCAGCCUUCUCUAAACGUGUACGUGCACAAAUGGAUUUACACUACAGCUGCUCGUUGUGAUGUCAUGAUUUCAUCUCUUCUUCUUUUUUUAUUAUUUCCAAUCUUCCUCCCUAAAUAUUUCUAUCUCAGGCAUCGAGGCAUAAAACAUGAAAUAUGAAAGGUGAAUUUUUGAAGAACAAACUAAAUGUCUUUUUAAUGGUUAAAGAACAUUUGGAAAAAACUGCCACAGGCCACUUUUUAAGUUAACUACUUAGUAAAUAUACAAAGAAACUAUAUUUUUAACACAUUUCUGAGGCGCAAGUGAAAAAGGGAGAUGGGUGAACGGGGGUGGGAGUGGAGUGGAGAGGUGGAGGAGGGGUUUUCUUUUAUUUUCAUGGAGGUGCUAAUUGUAUCAGUCGUCCUGUGCCAAAUGAACUGAUACCGACUUUAAAAAAAGGAACAUUUCAGUUAUGAUACUUGGAAGGUUUGUCAAUGUGUAUUUGAGUCUUAGACUGAAAAUAAAGAUGGACGACAUGACAGCUUUCCAAAAGUGAAGCCAAAACGCCUCGAUCGCUCCCUGCUGGCUGGCUGUAGUAUAGUUUGAAAAUACUGCGUCCUCCAUGUGAGUCUAUGGGACAUGGACCAAAGUCAAAGUCGAUUGGACAAGCUGGUGUAUCUUCAGGAUUUCGCUGCCGUGACUGCUUCUAGACUCCAACUGAACAAGAUGGCAGCGAUUUGUGUUCGGGAUAUUUUGGCUUCACUUCUGAACAGCGGGAGGACGUGAAGACUUCUCGUCCAUCUUCACAAACAGUCUGAUUCGAGCCUAAUGUGUCGUCAUGUCCAUCAUAUUCUUGGUUCCUUUUGUCUUCACUUUCAUUUUCGCUCAACAAUAUGCAUCACAACAUUUCAGUUUCCUUAGUUUAGGGUCUUUAAAAACUUAUUUUAGGGGUGAAAUGCAGUUGCAAAUUCAUUUAUGAUUGGCUAAAAGUCAAUUGAACUUAAUUUGUGAGAAGUACCUAUCUGCCAGAAUCAGGUUCCAGCAGUUCAAGUGUUAUUACACAUUAAAUACCAGCAUUUAUCUCCAAUACUCAGCAAGGAAACUUAAAAUAUGAAGAAUUCUAAACAGAGUUUGGUGGAUCGGUUAUACCAGCAGCUCAUCUGGAUCAGGAAGCCGGGGAUCAUGGGUAAUAUCCAUCUUUCAGUUGUGUCAGCGAUUAACAGGCUUUGUUUUUGUCUGUGAUAACAACUAAUUAAGUAAUCACCAUGUGUGGCUGCAGAGGGCGCUGUUGCUCUGUUGAAGUCACGUGUCUCUAAAAACUUUGGGCUGGAGACUGAAAUAGGAUUUUUGUUUUUAAAAUUGUGUCCAACAGGAUUUGCUCUUAUUUCUACCCUCCAUGUCUUCCUCUAUCUUUCUACCUCCUCUAUUGGAGUUAUUUAUACCCUUUUUAUUCCUUCUCCUCUUCUUAUCUGCCCCCCUUCUUUUCUCCUCUUCCUCUGUCCCCUGCGCUCUGUCCUCCUCUCCUCCCUCUCAGAUUCUCUCUCUCCAUUCCACUGUUCCCUCUCCCCUGAGGUGAGCGGUAUUCUCAGGAAGGAGCCACAUGUACAGUUGCUAAACCAAGCAAAUAAAAACACUGUUAUCAUGAAGUA